AUGUCCGACGAAAAGCGCCCCUACCGCCCCGACAGAGAGGGCCACUACACUCCACCUCCGCCGCCCCCGCCGCCCCCACCGCCAAUCCCCCCACACUACCAGCAGUCCCCACCAGAACCCUCAUUCUCACCCCCCUCCUACGUCUCCCUCCCCUCCAUUAACUCCUCCACCCCCGCCGGCCCCACAAUCGGCCCCAACGGCCGCCCCAGUGCCGAUGAAGACCGCAACUACGACCUCGCACAAACCCCCGACUACGGCGGCCCCGGCGACCAGCCGCCGCCCGCAUACACGGAGACCUAUGGCGAGCUGGACAUCACGCAGGACGGCAUGUCGACGCAUGCGCAGCUCUCUGAGGAUGGCCGCAUCAACAUCAACAUCCACGAAAAGUCCGGGCACCUGUCGAUGCUGCUCGCGCCGGCGAUGCGCACGCAGCUGCAACUCGCCGAAAAGGCCGCCUCCCGUGCGCGCGCCGAGAAGCCCACCAGCGCCAUCUUCGGCGUCCCCGAGUUCGCGCGCGACGUGCCGCCGCUCAACAUCGUCAUCCAGAUCAUUGGCAGCCGGGGCGACGUGCAGCCGUUUGUUGCGCUGGGCCAGGUGCUCAAGAACCAGUACGGCCAUAGGGUAAGGGUCGCGACGCACCCGACGUUUAAGAAGUUUGUCGUCGAGAAUGGGUUGGAGUUUUAUUCGAUUGGCGGGGAUCCGGCGGAGUUGAUGGCGUUUAUGGUCAAGAAUCCGGGGUUGAUGCCUGGUAUGGAUAGUCUGCGUAGCGGGGACGUAUCGAAGCGCAGAAAGGGCAUGUGGGAGAUACUACUAGGCGGGUGGAGAGCAUGUAUCGAGCCAGGCGACGGCACUCCCGAGGGCUGCGGAGACCCGGCGGCGAAUAGGCCCUUUGUCGCCGAUGCGAUCAUUGCCAAUCCGCCCAGUUUCGGGCAUGUCCAUUGCGCCGAGAAGCUGGGAAUACCGCUGCAUCUGAUGUUUACAAUGCCGUGGUCACCAACGACUGCCUUCCCACAUCCGCUCGCAAAUAUCCAGAGCUCUAAUGCGGAGAGCGGCGUCACAAACUAUCUCAGCUAUGUUCUCGUCGACAUGAUGACUUGGCAAGGCCUUGGCGACCUCGUCAACCGCUUCCGCGAAACCAAGCUCGGCCUCGACCCAAUAAGCACCAUGUGGGCCCCGGGCAUGAUCUCCCGCCUGGCAGUCCCACACACCUACAUCUGGUCCCCCACCCUGAUCCCCAAGCCCCUCGACUGGCCCUCCCAGAUCUCCAUUAGUGGCUUCUCCUUCCUCUCCCUCGCCUCCAGCUACACGCCCCCACCUGAUCUCUCCGCCUUCAUCGCCGCUGGCCCACCCCCGGUCUACAUCGGCUUCGGCUCCAUCGUCGUCGACGACCCCAACGCACUCACAACCCUCCUCUUCACGGCCCUGCGCACGCUCAACGUCCGCGCCCUCGUCUCGCAGGGCUGGGGCGGCCUCGGCGGCGCUGACAUGGCGCCCCCGCCCAACGUCAUGCUCCUCGGCAACUGUCCGCACGACUGGCUGUUCCCGCGGUGCGCGGCCGUCGUCCACCACGGCGGCGCCGGCACCACCGCCGCCGGCAUCCGCUGCGGAAAGCCCACCGUCAUCGUCCCCUUCUUCGGAGACCAGCCCUUCUGGGGGUCCAUGGUCGCGCGCGCGGGCGCAGGGCCCGAGCCCGUGCCGUUCAAGAAGCUGACGGCCGAGAUCCUGGCUGAGAGCAUACAGACGGCGCUGAGCGAGGAGGUGGGCGUGCGCGCGAGGGAGCUGGGUGAGCGCAUACGUCACGAGGCGGGCGCGGAGGUCGGCGCAAAGACAUUCCUGGCGGGGUUGGCGGGAAGCGGUGGCAGUGGCGGCGUGUAUAGGUGUAUCCUUGACCAGUCGCGGCCUGCGGUGUGGCGGCUGCGGAAGAAUGAUGCGCCGCUGAGCGCGUUUGCGGCCGCGCUGCUGGUGUCGAAUGGGCUGGUUGAGGGGGGCUGGGGCGGGUUGAAGCUGUGUCGGCAUAAGGAGUGGCAGACGGAUGUGGGCCCUUAUGAGCCGUUUUCGGGUGCCGCGGGCGCGCUGCUCGGCACGAUCGGGAGCGUCAUGAUGGGGGUCGGAGACUUCCCGCGGGAGAUCUUCAAGGUUGUGAAAAAGGCAGGCGACUCUUCGCCGCCGAACGGCGAGUCCUCGACCGCCGGUGGUAUGUUGGGCGAGAAGGGGUACAGGAGUGAUACUUCGCUGAGUGGGACCUCGACACCAAAGUCCAUGAGCGGCCCGGGCUCGACAGAAAAGUCCAUGAGCGGCCCGGGCUCGACAGAAAAGUCUAUGAGCGGCCCGGGCUCGUCACAGCCGAGGGGUCCGCUGGGCCGAGUAGCCACCGGUGAUAGUCAGGGAAGUGGGAAUAGCUUUAGUAUGGAGAUGGCUCUGGGCGCCGGAAAAGGUGUUUCUAGGAUCGUAGAGGCAGGACUAAAAUCACCAAUGGACUUCGCCCUCGGCCUUGCUCAGGGCUUCCAUAACGCACCAAGACUGUACGGCGACAACGUCCGCGAGGUCAGCAAAGUCACCGGCUUCCAAAGCGGCCUCAAGGCCGCCGGAAAAGAACUCUCACUCGGUCUCUACGACGGCAUUUCCGGCCUCGUCACGCAACCCAUCAAAGGCGCAAAAGAGGACGGGGCUGUGGGCCUGGUCAAAGGCUUUGGCAAGGGGGUCGGCGGAGUCUUCCUCAAAGGCGGAGCAGCAUUCUGGGGUAUCCCGGGCUACACAAUGAAAGGCAUCCACCGCGAGAUCCAAAAGCUUCAGGUCUCGGACGCCGACAAACACAUCCUCAGCUCCCGCAUCGCCAUCUCCGAAGCAGAACUGCACCAGAGCAGUCUCUCUGAGCAGAAGGCCGCCCUCGCCAAAUGGGCCACAGUACGGAUCGAGCCCAAGCGACCCAUGAAGGACGUCUUCAACGGCGUCAGGAAGGGAAAGGGCAAAGAGCGCAAAAAGACUAACGAGUCCCUCCCACACUACCCCUAUAAUUCGGUGGAGACGCCAACGAUGGCGAUCAGCUCGCCCACGACAGAAAUCACUCAAGAGGCUGCGCCGUAUACGCCCGGUGUAUUGCAGCAGGUUGCGUCUUACGAUGAUGAUGAGCUGGAGAGGGCUAUCCAGGAAUCGGUCCGCGUGACAUCGCAGGGGAAUGCACAGCAUGAUGCGGCCGUGGAGGCGGCGAUCAGGACUAGUGUUGCGGAGAUGCAGAAUGUGGCACGGAACAAUCCUACGCAGACCUCGGAUGAGGAGGAAGAAGCCUACCAGCGCGCUAUUAGGGCCUCGAUGGCCGAGACUAGCAGAUUCAAUGCUGCAGGAGGAGGAGGAUGGGGAAGAAGUGGUGGAGUAGAUGUAUGGGAAUCCUAUGACAAAGAGACUGGUAUGGUAGCGGCAGAUCGUGAUCUAGAGCUUGAAGAAGCGUUGAAGCAAAGUCUGGUCGAGAGAGGUGGCCACAUAAUGCAAGACGAAGCCGAAUUCGAACGGGCCCUCAGAGAAAGUGAGAUGUUCGCCGAGGGGGCCGGAGAAGACGAUGAAAACGAGCUACAAAGAGCACUUAGAGAAAGCAGGAGAUACGACAAGAUGCCGCAGGGUAGCACCGACGAGCGUGAUGAGGACUUAUUGAAAGCCAUUGAGGAAAGCAGGAUACUUGAUGAAGAGAAAGAGGCGAAACGGAUCGCCGAGGAAAAGAUAGUGAUGGAUUAUGUGAUAAAGGCAAGCUUAGAAGAGCAGGAGUACCAAAGAAGAAGGAACGGAGGUAGUAGCUUUACAGUAAAUUAG